GCGAUAAAAUCAAUAAAUUUUUGUAAGUGAGUAUUAUAAUAAAAUUUCGUCUCACAUAAAAGUUCGAAGAAAGAUCGAAGAUAUACAUCUUACAAAUUAUCAGAGUAAAAACGUUUACAUGACUUUGUGGACAGGGUCAUGGCUGUGAAAGAGUGGUUCAGGAGGCUUCAACCGGUGCAACUGUACCUGGUGUUGUUCUUCACCACGGCCUUCUUUUUGGUCGAGAUCGUCGCCAGUCAUAUAACGCAUUCGCUGACCCUUCUUCUCAAUGCUUACCAUAUGCUCUGCAAUAUCGUGGCACUUAUUGGUUGCAUCGCUUCGAUCAAGUAUAGUUAUCGUGAAAGAUACAGUAACAACAGUAACUGCAAUUCAUUAGGAAAUUCGUCCAUUUGUAUUAACGGUGAGGAACAAGGUUCUGUUACAUCCUUAUCGACAAAGACGAAGGAAUCAUGGUCGGACAGAAGAAUGAAAAACACGUUUGGAUGGGCGAGAAUCGACAUUGUUACGAUGCUCGUCUGCUGCAUCAUCCUUGCUUCUUUUUGUUUCUCUUUACUGAUGGAAGCAUUGCAGACAUUGGUGCAUAUCGAUCAUCUAGAUGAAAUGCAUCACCCAUUGCCAGUACUGUGUAUCGGUGUUUCCGGGAUACUUCUAAAUGCUUUCUGCUACAUUUUGAUUGGGGGAUUUACUUUCAAUCAGGGCAUCUUCGUGCAUGUCACAAAGAGUGGUGAUGUAAUAUUACGCAGAAAUGUGAGUUCACAAGAAACAAAGGAUGGUGAGCAACAACUAUCAGCACAGACUAGGCGAAGUCCGCUUGCGAUACCAAAAAGUGAAGGUUUAAGAGAAAUGUGUCGAGAUGUUCUUGGGUGUGUUUUCGUCAUAUUAGUAUCAAUUUUAGUUUAUUUCACCAAUUCCGAUGUAGCCAAAUUCAUUGAUCCGGUCUUCGCUAUUAUUUCAUCAAUUUCGCUAUUUGUUCUCUGUUAUCCUUACAUGAAAGAAUCAGGCCUGAUAUUACUACAAACAAUUCCAAAUCACAUCAAUAUCGAUUGUCUUAAAAGAGAACUAUUGGUAGCUUUUCCGGGUAUCGUAAACGUUCAUGACUUACACGUGUGGCAAUUAGCAAAACAUCAAGCUAUUUGUACAGUCCAUAUUGUAUUUUUGAAUCCAAUGGUUUAUGCUAGCAUUACAGAACAAGUUACUGCUUUUUUCGUCGAAAUGGGUAUCACGCAGGUCACUGUACAGCCAGAAUUCCAUAAAAUGAAGCCGAAUACAGAGAAAACUGAUUGCCUUAUUGCAUGUCAUGGGGAACAUUGCAGUUCUUCCCAAUGUUGCUCGCGAGAAAACUUUUUGGAGGACGCAUGCAAGUCGGUGAAAGAUGCUCACACCAUCAAUAGAAGAUACGAUAAAAAGGAGAAAACAUCAGCUGUAUAUGCGAUUAGUUUGAAAAAGUUUACUAUCAAUGAGAAGGAAACCCUAGAACGGACUGUGAGCGAUUCAAAAUCAGAAGAAUCUGUGCCUAAAUCAACAAACGAAAAUGCACGUCACUCGAAACAAAUACAAAGCGUUGUAAAUGUUAAUUCUGAAGUCAGUGCCUGUGCGAUAAAUUUAACCAAUCGAAUAUCUACAAAUGUCGAUCAAACAUCUGUAACUGCCGAUAGCAAUCUACACCACAGCGUCGUAUCUUAAGUCUAUCAUUCAGGCAGAUAAUUGUUUCAGUUUAAUUAUUUUAAUCUUGGUACUGUCUUACCUGAAAGAGAUUACGUGUGACGUUCACACAAUAAACGCCAUGAUUUUUAAGCUAUUUUCAUUUGAUAAACAAAAUUAGUAGAUAAAAAUUUAUCAGUGCUAUCGUAACUACAA